AUGAGAUUCAAACUCCUGCUCUUACUGCUCUACGUGAAAACGUCAUUAGCCGACGCAGCACCGAAAAAGAAGGUUGCAGCCAGCGAGCCCGCCAUCGCCAGUGAUAACUACAACUUCGGCUAUGAGAUAGGAACUGAUAAUUCACAUAAGUUCCACAAAGAAGUGGGCGAUGGCACCGGUCGGAAGAUCGGCUCGUACGGCUUCACCGACGCCGACGGACGGCAGCGAGUCGUUCAAUACAUCGCGGACGAGAACGGCUUCCGAGUUCAGAUCAAAACCAAUGAGCCCGGCACGAAUUCCUACGAAGCCGCAUCUUCUAAGACCCAGAAGAGACCUUCAAUCAUGGCUUUGGAAGACAAAGACUCACCGAUGACGUUGCCCGUCAAAAUGAAGGAGUCCAAACGACUCAAAGAUAAUCUCAUUUCGGCGCCGACGUUCCAUUCGCCGGUCCUGCCCAACGGUCCGGUGAGAAUGUACACAAUCGACAAGUCGAGCAAGUUUGCGCCAGCGGCUCAAAGCAUAGAGUACAAACCACACCCGAAAGCCAUCCAGAUCGGCCCUCUACUGAACGUUAUCGGGACCCCGGUACCGAUGCAGUCUCCAAUACUCCCGUUGGGACCGGUCAAGAUGGUUAAAUACGAACCGACUGGCGCAGCAGCUCCACCGAAGUACGAAGCACCGAUCCCGUUCCCUCAAGAGGCCGUACCGGCGGCGCUCGUUCAGGACAGGCCGAAGUUCGAGCCCUUGAGGUUGAGCUCCGCUCAUCACAUUCCCACGCACCAUCCUGCACCGAUCCUCCACAAGGAUCUCGAAACGUCACAACGCUUCGACCCAGCCAAAUUUAACAUUCUCUCCAUGUACACCCUGCUGCCAAACGGCCCGAAAAUGUACGACGGGCCGGUUCACGCUUACGUAAAACCGCCCAUCAGGACCCCACCUCAGAACGGACUCAUCUAUGAAGGCACGCCUCGAAAAUCGAGAAGACGAGUCGUAGUUCGUCAGAAGAAGCACGGCUCCGAUGCACUGCAAACCACCGAGAAUGGACUCGAGUUGAGCCAGACUAUCCACGAUUCUUCAACGGUGUUCUACGUUCCUGCAGAGCACGCUCCUCCAGUGCGACGUAGGUUGGCGAAGCCUAUUUUCAAAAAGAAGCGCCAGCCUCUUCAGCAUGGUGACGGAUCUGCAUCCCAGGAACUCACCUCCCCUUUGACCGGACACAAGGAUGUGGUUUACGAUGACCCCGUGGGUGAUCUCAAGCCCGUGCCUCUGUUCAAAGGGACCUCCGUCACGGGGUUCCUUCCCCCGUCCGGGAAGCUGACCGGACCAUCUGAGGCCUAUCGACUCGUGAAGCCCCCUGUCGGGCCCUACCAAGUUCCUGCGCACGAACAAUCGUCGUUACGGCCUCUCCAAGCGCCGAGUCCGGCCGUGAUCCACCGACCCACACCUCAGCAUCUGCCCCCUGCCCAACAAGCUCCUCCGCUGCAGUCUCUGCCCCCGCAGAUUCCACACCAGCACCAUCUGCCUUCGAUUCAACAGACCGUUCAAAACCCAGCUGUGAUACACAACCCGACCCAUCAGAUCCAAGGUCCCCCCCACCCUGGACUCGAAGCUCGUAGCUUCCAGAGGCCCCCGGAGCACCAGGAGCCUCUGUAUCAGUCACGUCUCGUACAGCCCCCACCCCUCUAUCAGCCGAGCGUAGCAAAUCCUGGGACCCCAGUGGAGUCCUUCAAGAUUCCCUCGUACCCCAAGCUGACUGAGAUCGAGAGGGCUGCGGCAUUGAAGCUUGUGGAACACCCACUUCAUAUCCCCCAACUAGCGAAAGAAGUGCCGCAAGCGAUCGAGCACCAGAGACAACCGAACUUAGCACCUACCCCACAAUUUCCUCGAGGCGUCCAGCAGGAUUCCGUCCCGAAUUUUAACUUCCAGGGAGCUCCCGCGGAGCCUCUGCAUCCACAGCAGACGCUCCAAGCACGCCAGAGACCGCCCCCGCCCCCUGAGCAACAGCACGCUCUGCAUGACUACUAUUCGAGACAGACACCGACCUUCCUUCAGAAUCAGGGAGCGAUCGUGAGCAGGUAUCAGGAUGGGGCAUUGCGUCAUCAGGUUCCCACCUUCGAACAGUAUAAGACAACAGAUGAGAGCUUCAGGGAAGCCGAGAGAAAGGAAGAAUUUAAGGAGCCCCCUCCUCCGAGAAGUUUCCAGAUCCCUCCCCAGUCGGCGCCCACGUUCAGCUCACCGCCGGUCCACUUGCAGCAGUCAGAUGUUCAUGUGAGACCUCAGCAUCAACGAUUGCACGAACCAAAUGCGCCCCCGCAUCAAUCCGGUCACCUGCAACAGCAAGCCCCCGUGGGACAUCCUCCACGAUUGCAAGCGCUCCUUGGUCCACCUCAGGGUCCAGUGCAGUCCACUCCGGGUCUCUUGCAGGCCCCUCAGCCUCCUGCACAGGCUCCUCUGCAGUUCGCUCCUCAGCAACAAAUUCUUUCCCAAUCGAUUCCGGCGCAGUAUCCCCAACCGCCGUCGUAUGAGGUCAAUGCUCAAGGUCAGCUCCCGCCCCAAUACCAGAUUUCUCCUUCACCCCAUCAACCUCAACAUCCGCCGCCUCAGAUCCCUCAACACCUGCCUCAACAUCAACAAGCAGUGCGACAUUUCGCCCCUCCUCCAGAACAAGGACCUCAAAUCCAGAGUGUGCCGGUUGAGCAGCUGCAGCAAGCGCAGAGACAACAACUCCCUCAACAGCUUCAGUAUCAGCCUCAGCAGCUGCAAUUAGCCCCACAACACCUGCAAGCACAACAAUUCCGAGCUCCAGAGCAGCACCUGCAGCUAGCUCAUCAGCAGAUCAACCUCCCGCCCCAUGCACCGCACCAUAUUCAUCAGGCGCCUCCCGGAAGUCAACAGCUGCAACAGUUGCAAGCACCCCUCGCUGCGGGUCAGCAGCUGCAGCAGCUGCCGCUCCACCUGCAGCAGCAAGGCCAAGCAGGCUUCCAGCUUGCUCCAGGCCGAGUAGCGGAGCAGCAGCAGCAGCUGCUCCAGCGAAGACCUGAGCUCCUGACUGCGGGUCCGCUCCACUAUCCGCUGUAUUCGACUUCACACCUGCAGUCGCAAGCCUCCUCGGAAGAAUCGCGAACUUUCGCGCAGCAGCAGCAACAACAUUUAGGAGCUCAAGCUUUCAUAUCUGACAGACGACCGAAAUCGUUGGCAGAUCACUCGCCAUUCGAAUACAUCAAAAAAUCCUCGUGA